AUGAAAUCAUCAUGGCUGAUUUCCGUGCUCCUCCUGGCUCCUGCCCUCAUUUGUCUCGUUAAUGGAGCCCAAUUCACCCGUGGAUUCUGUCUCCAACUGAUCAACAAUGGGAAGAGUGUAUUCGCUGAAGAAUACCAUGUAGCCAACAUGAAUGGUCUAUCGUAUGAUAAGAAGUUGGAGAAGAAGAUUCUGGAGCAACUAUCGUUCACUAAUGGAUGUCCUGAACCAUCAAUAAUCUCUCACAAAGGUUUUGAUAUCUAUUUGAAUAUCAAUAACGAGGAAUCGAUUAUUGAUUUGUUGUCUGGAGUUGGAAAGACAACUAUGGCUUGUAUCAAGACAAAGUGCGAGGAGAGUGGAGAGGAAUUCAUCAGUAUUGUCACUGAUUACUCUGACAUACCUGCGACCUCUGGUGCUCCAGGCUCCCAAUGUUCCGACAGCAGAUUGGUCAACUCUGAUGGAUUGUGCAUUCGUGGAAAUCGUCGUAAUGGCUAUGAGCGUAAAUUACUAGAUGCAAUUGGUGGUUUACUAGAAGAAGGAGCUAAAAAAACAGGAGGAUAUGGUCUUGGUAUUGGUCAAACAAUUAAAGAUGGUACGACUGCUGUAGGAAAAGAACUAGGCAAGACCUUCGGCGAUAGUGAGACCACAGUUGUUCAAAAAACGAGAGUAGUUAGUGAAGGCAAAGUAUCGUCUUCAAAAAAAACAGUAGCAGACAUUGCUAAACAACUGAAAGAGGUAGCUGAAGAAGUGGCAAAAGGGGCAGAACUUGCGCUACCUGAUAGAAAAUACGUUCGUAAAGGAAUCUUCGAUGACCUUACGUUUUCUUCGAUGACCUUACCUCCACCAAUCAUCUGGAACUAA